GGAGUCUGCCUCGACCGGGAUCUGUCUCCGGAAGCCCUGGGUAGGUGAGAUGCGGCCAGGCCUCCCUGCUGUCCCGGCCUGCUGAGCAGCAAGUAGUUAGCUGAGCCUGUGGUAACUUCAAGUUUAGUGCGAAACAGUUGCAGUGCGUCAUGGCAGCAGAUUCUAUGGAAAUCGACGAUGCGUUGUAUAGUCGGCAGAGGUAUGUUCUUGGAGACACAGCAAUGCAGAAGAUGGCUCAAUCCCAUGUGUUCCUGAGUGGUGUAGGUGGUCUUGGUGUGGAGAUUGCCAAAAAUAUAAUUCUGGCUGGCGUAAAGGCUCUUACAGUUCAUGAUACCAAGCAAUGCACAAAGUGGGAUUUAGGGACCAACUUCUUCAUCCAUGAAGAUGACAUAAUCAAUCAAAGGAACAGGGCUGAGGCCACUCUUCAUCACAUUGCAGAACUGAAUCCAUAUGUGCAUGUAGCAGCAUCGACUGUGCCGCUAGAUGAAAGCACAGAUCUGUCUUUCCUAAAGCAAUAUCAGUGUGUCAUAUUGACUGAAGUAAGCCUAUCACUGCAGAAGAAGAUUAAUGGCUUCUGUCAUGCUCAGCAGCCACCCAUUAAGUUCAUCAGUGCAGAUGUAUAUGGCAUAUGUUCACGUUUGUUUUGUGACUUUGGUGAUGAAUUUGAAGUGUUGGAUACAACAGGAGAGGAGCCAAAGGAGAUCUUCAUUUCAAAUAUUACGCAAUCAAAUCCUGGUAUUGUCACUUGCCUUGAAAAUCAUCCACACAGGCUUGAAACAGGGCAGUUCUUAACCUUUCGGGAAGUUAAUGGAAUGUCGUGUUUAAAUGGCUCCACGCACCAGAUAACAGUGGUGUCACCAUACUCCUUCAGCAUUGGAAAUACGUCAGACAUGGAGCCUUACUUGCAUGGUGGCAUAGCUGUCCAAGUGAAGACACCGAAGAUGUUUUACUUUGAACGGCUGGAGAAGCAGCUAACAAAUCCAGUGUGCCUAGUUGCAGAUUUUAUCAAGCCUGAGGCACCUUUGCAGAUCCAUGUUGCCAUGCUCGCAUUGAACCACUUUGAGGAGAACUUUGGUCGCAUGCCAAACAUUGGAUGCCAUCAAGAUGCUGAGGAAAUGCUGAAAAUAGCCAUAUCAAUAAGUGAAACCCUGGAAAACAAACCUCAGGUAAAUGGAGAUAUAGUGAAGUGGCUGUCCAGAACUGCUCAGGGAUUUCUAGCUCCUCUGGCAGCAGCAGUGGGUGGUGUUGCUAGCCAGGAGGUCCUGAAAGCAGUAACAGGAAAAUUUUCUCCAUUGCAGCAAUGGUUGUAUAUAGAUAUGUUUGACAUUGUUACUCCUCUAGAAAAGAUGGGCUCUGAAGAAUUUCUUCCACGGGGAGAUAGGUAUGAUGCCUUGAGAGCUUGUAUUGGAGAAUCUCUAUGCCAGAAGCUGCAUGAUUUGAAUGUUUUCUUGGUUGGCUGUGGAGCAAUAGGCUGUGAAAUGCUAAAAAACUUUGCACUUCUUGGUGUUGGUACUGGGCAAGAUAAAGGAUUGGUUACAAUUACAGAUCCAGACUUGAUAGAGAAGUCCAACCUGAACAGACAGUUUCUUUUUCGACCUCAUCACAUACAGAAACCCAAAAGCUAUACUGCAGCAGAAGCAACUCUGAACAUCAAUCCUUGCUUAAAAAUUGACUCAUACAUUAAUAAAGUUUGUCCAGCCACUGAAAACACUUACAGUGAUGAAUUCUACACCAGGCAAGAUGUGAUUGUGACUGCUUUGGACAAUGUGGAAGCAAGGAGAUACAUUGAUAGUCGUUGUGUAGCAAACCUGCGUCCUCUGAUAGACUCUGGAACCAUGGGAACAAAAGGACACACAGAAGUUGUUGUGCCUCAUCUGACAGAGUCAUAUAAUAGUCACCGGGAUCCACCAGAAGAGGAAAUACCUUUUUGCACCUUGAAGUCUUUCCCAGCUGCCAUUGAACAUACAAUACAGUGGGCAAGAGAUAAGUUUGAAAGUUUAUUUUCUCACAAGCCUUCAUUGUUUAACAAGUUUUGGCAGACCUAUCCAUCUGCAGAAGAAGUUUUACAGAGAAUAAAAUCAGGCGAGAGUUUAGAAGGCUGUUUUCACGUUAUUAAAACACUCAGCAGAAGACCCCGAAAUUGGACUCAGUGUGUAGAACUAGCAAGAGUAAAGUUUGAGAAGUAUUUUAGCCACAAGGCUCUUCAGCUUCUUCAUUCAUUUCCCCUUGAUACACGGUUAAAAGAUGGAAGUUUGUUCUGGCAGUCACCAAAGAGGCCGCCUUUCCCAGUGAAGUUUGAUUUUAAUGAUCCUUUGCACUAUGAUUUCAUUGUGAGCGCAGCAAAACUCUUCGCUACAGUGUACUGUGUUCCUUUCACGGAACAGGAUUUGUCAGAAGAAACUAUUCUGAAGAUAACUUCAUCUGUGAAGGUACCAGAGUUCAGACCUUCAAACAAAGUCGUACAGACUGAUGAAACUGCAAGAAAACCUGAUCAUAUUCCAGUCAGCAGUGAGGAUGAAAGAAAUGCUAUUUUCCAGCUGGAGAAGUCUAUACUGUCCAAUGAAGCUCUGCAAAAUGACUUAGAAAUGAAGCCCAUUGCCUUUGAAAAAGAUGAUGAUAGUAACGGACAUGUAGAUUUCAUAACAGCAGCAUCAAACUUGCGAGCCAAGAUGUACAACAUUGAACCAGCAGAUAGAUUCAAAACAAAGCGCAUUGCUGGCAAGAUUAUUCCUGCAAUUGCAACAGCUACUGCUGCAGUUUCAGGGCUGGUUGCACUGGAACUCAUCAAAGUUGUGGGUGGCUACCCAGCUGAUGCAUACAAGAACUGUUUUCUGAACCUAGCCAUUCCCAUAAUGGUCUUUACAGAAACUGCUAAAGUAAGAAGAACUGAAAUCAGAAAUGGGAUAUCAUUUACCAUCUGGGACAGGUGGACAAUUUAUGGAAAGGAGGAUUUUACACUGUUGGACUUCAUAAAUGCUGUCAGAGAGAAAUAUGGAAUUGAACCAACUAUGGUUGUACAGGGAGUCAAAAUGCUGUAUGUUCCUGUGAUGCCAGGUCACAUUAAAAGAUUAAAGCUGACGAUGCAAAAGCUUGUGAAGCCAUCAGCUGACAAAAAGUAUGUGGACUUGACAGUAUCAUUUGCUCCAGAGACUGAUGGAGAUGAAGACUUGCCAGGGCCACCAGUGAGAUACUACUUUGUUCAGGAAGACAAUUAAUGGUAGAGAUACAGAAGUCACUCCAGGACCAUUUGUUUUGAAAGGAGUGUGCUAAUUUUCAGCUAUUAAAGGUGGUACUAUCCUUUUUUUUUUUGUGAAGCCUUAAUUAAAACAAAUGAUGGAAGUCAGUGGCUUUGCGCUGAAGACAAACUGGAUUUGUUUCAUCUGUUCCCAUUAUCUCCAAGCUAGUUUGCUCUAAGGAGGAUUGGUCACCCUACAAGAUGGAAUGUCCAGUACAGUCCUUACCUUAAAGACAAGAUCUAUAUUCAUUAGUGGGGAGCUGAAGAAAGCAAGAGGAGUGGUGAACCUAAUGAAUUGUUCUUGUGCAUAAAUUGAGCACUGCUCAGAGAAGAGUGCAAAAACUGAGGAAACGGCUCUCUUAAGAUACUCCUGGUGUUCUAAGAACAUGUCAAAUCCAUUUCACGUGUUACUUCAUUCUCAAAUGAGAAUUCAGUCUUGGCAUCCACAAGAGAGAUAAUCCAUUCAAAUGUUUAAACAUCCACUUAAAAGCAAAUGCAUUUUUCUGUUUUGUUGGUGGUGCUCUCUUCUGAACUGUAAGUGAUGCCGCAUGUCAGUGGCUACUCUGUCAGUCUCCACAUAGAAACGUAGGAAGGCAGGUCUUGAAUAGGUGUAAAUUGUCAUAGCUUCCCUGAAGUCAAGACAGCUGGAGUUGUUCAUUAUCUGCACUAAGACUGUUCCUCGGGGAAAACUGCAAUAUGGGGAAAGUAGAACCCUAUCGGAGAGCUGAGUUAACACUUCGGACAAUAAAACUUUGUCUUCAAGAAAGAGAAAAUAGUCGGUGUGGUUGAGCCUUUCUGCCCUUACCUAAUUAAGAGUACUGAGGCAAGAAAUUACUUUGAAAGUAGGUAAAGGCAAACAGCCCUGGAUGAUUGUCACAGCAAAUGCUGUUUCCUUGGUUGCUCCUUCUGGUACCAUUUCCUUAUAGUGAAUGGUUAUGCUGUACACCUGUCCACAGUGUGAGUCUGAGUUGCAGUGCACUGAAUUAGCAUCAUCUCAGUUUGUUACUAGGAUAUCUCAGUAUAAAGAAUAUGCUUAAAUAAUUAGAAACUAAUUUUACAUUGCAGUGAGGUAGAGGUGCAUUACAGAAGCACCUGUAACAACACAUUAUCUUUCAAACAUGAGAUAAUGAAGCUGAUAGUUUGGGUGGGGUUGAGGGUGGCUUUUUUAUUAUUAUUUCUCAGUCGUGAGUGUGAAGUGGGGCUAGGAUAAAAACAGAUCCUACAAACUGGAAAACCUUGCGAUGUUUUUAAGCUUUAGAGAUGGAGAAUGCUCAUCUCGGAAUCUUCCAGGUGUUGCAAAAGGGUGUUGACUACUUAACCAUUUAUCCUUGAGCAUCUCUUAUUAAGAUUUAGGGAUAUUUUCACAUUUAAUGAACAUUAUUGCUUGGGAAUUCUACCUGUUUUUCCUUUUGCAGACAGUUGUAGCCAGAAACAAUGGAUAUUAGGCUGGUUGCUUGAACAAGAUAUGUGGAACUGAGUAUCUGGAAUCAACACAAUUAGUUGGGAUUUAGUCUUCCAUGUGAAAUAUGUUUGUGAAGGUAUAUAUAGUUUUACAGUCAUUAGAGUUUAUAGAUCUCAUUUUCUAGAUCAACAAUAGUGCGUUUUAAAGUAGCCUAUUUCUUUAAAUAAAAAAACUUAGAUUUUUUUUGAAACAGGACAAAAGAUUACUGCAUUUGGAGCACAAAGAAGGCACAAGCGGACAGUAAGUUUCCACUUUAAAUAACAACUGCAAUAUGUUUGCCUGUGACAAUAUUAGAGCCUAAACUAAAAUUGCUGAUUAUUACUGAGGAUCACUUACUGAAAUGGUCAGGUUAAAAGAAAAGCACUGUCACCUCUCACAACUAUGAGCUGGGGAAAAAAAUGAAUUUCUGAGUUGGUACACACUCUGGUGCACUGGUGUGGUGUUUGACAUACUCCUGCUUUUGAGGUAUGCAGCAAAGCAAAAUAGUAUUGCUACUGUAUCACUACUUUGCUUGAAGGCCACCUGAAGGUCCUCAGAUAAAGUUAACAGAAUGACUCUUGGAGAUGACAGUGCAUACAGCUUUGUGAGACACUUGCUAAAAAUUUCACGUGUAGGCUGUAGCAGAACUGACAGAUACUGCUCUUAUUGAGUAUAUGUAGGAUGUGUCCAUUCUACAGAUGGGUUCUCAGUUUGAGAUAGAAAAACUGAAAAAGCACAUCUCCAGAUACUUCUAGCAGACCUUUAAAAUCUUCUGAAAGUAAGUUAACUCAGGUAACUUCUUAACAAGGUAUUACCUGAGAGAACUUCAUAUAAAAGUGUGCAUGUCAGCUGGCUCUUAAAACUUUUUCUCACGUUUUGAAAUGAAUAGCUUUCUGAAUAGCUGAUAGCUCUCAUGUAAAUGCAUUCACUCACGUGAAGUUAGCUGAUUCAGUGAGGAUUUGUUUGAUGCAGCCCAUUUCUCAAGCAAGUACUGCUUUCUGCCAGUAUUUCCAGCAAGUGUUCAGUGUGCUCACUCAAACUGGGCAAGUGAGCUGUGGGGUGGGAGGAGUUGUUCUUUCCAGAUCUGCACUGUUGUCAGUACUGGUGUAGUGCUGCCAGUGCAGAGAUGCGUUACACCACCUGGAUCUCAGAACUGCUUUUUGUCUUUGUAGUGAAGGCCUGUGAGUGUCUAGGACUAAUGCUGUGUUCUUAUGCAGCAGCUGGAACAAGGCAUCUCCCUGUAACAAUGAGGAAGUAGCUACCUUUGUGCUCAAGUACAUUGAGCAAUCCUUCGAAGUAUUAUUCUUUGCAAGAGCAGUUGAUUUACAAAGAUUAAAUUUUAUAUUAGCAUUAAAGAUCUUUCUCAUGCAAAUGCCUUUUACACUGGUUUUCCCAUAAUAAAGAGCACUGGCUUUCCCCGUAAAGAGCGUGUUUUCAUUCUCCCUUUUCCAAAUACAUGCAGUGAAUUUGUGAACAUGCUACAGUUCUAGCAAAUACAGAGGCACCUGUGACACCAUGUCACAAUCUCACAUCUUGAAAUAAUACAGGGUUUGUAUAUAAAUCUAAGUUGUAUCAAAUAGAAGCAAGGGUCUUGGGUAAAUUGGCAUUCAUAGUCUUUCCUUCUGUCUUUAGAAAUGUUUUGCCUGUAUAGUAGUCAUUUGAAGAAAAGAACUGUAUUUCAACCAAAUACAACAGACUUAAUUGUACCUGAAAGGUCUGUCCAUCCCUGCUAAUUAUCAUAUGUUCUAUAAUUACAGAAAAUAGGCUUUGCUUCAGUACAGGACAGCAACCUGAACGUCCAUCUAAAGGGUGAUUUGUUUUGACCAGAUAGCUUUUGGAGGUUUAUUUUAAUAAAUGUGUCGUCUGAAAUAGCUAGAGCAGGUGUUUAUCCAUUGUGUGGAAUUCUUAUUUAGGUUCAGUUUUAAACUUGUCAUGAGUUACAGCAGUGAUAACCACACCAGCAAAACUGUCUUCUAAGUAAGUGGAUCAUCUUGCAUGGCAAAAGUCAGAUACAGUGCAUGGUAUGCUUUAGAGGCUUAAAAUACUAAAUUUUGGUCCUGCUGUUGACCACUUUGGGUACUUGUUUUGAAGGCUGAAUCUUUAGUUUCCCAGAGGAUGGAUAGUGGCUCCUUUUUGUACCCUCUGUAUUUCAUCAGGACUUUUCUUGUGUUUUGCUUUCAGAACUCUGGUCCAUUUGCAGAGCCUCGUUGCAUGUCUGCAUGAUGAAAGGCUUCAGGUUCCCAUGGGUUUGGAUCACAAAGUAAUUGAUGACAUCCUGAAGGCUUUUGACUGUCACCUGUUUCACAAACAAUAACAACAAAAUAAACACCACCAAUCAAAACAUA